AUGGAUGUGACUUGCAGCACCAGCUCUAUAUUCAAUCUCGUGGCUAUUUCGAUAGACAGAUACAUAGCGGUGACCCAGCCGAUAAAGUAUGCGAAGCACAAGAACAAUAGAAGAGUAUGGUUGACGAUACUGUUGGUCUGGGCGAUAUCGGCUGCGAUCGGCAGCCCGAUUGUCCUAGGCCUGAAUAAUACUCCGGAUCGGAUACCGGACCAAUGUCUGUUCUACAAUACGGAUUUUAUCAUCUACUCGAGCCUGUCCAGCUUCUACAUACCCUGCAUCAUCAUGGUAUUCCUUUACUACAAUAUAUUCAAGGCUCUGCGAAACAGAGCGAAAAGGGCUCGUGCUACUAAAAAACCGAAUUUAGGCGAUAUAAAACCGGGGAGUAUCAUCGAGAAUAUCGCACACACGCGUAGGUUUGCGGAAACGGCGCUGGGGGCGGCCGCCCUGGUGGCACCUGGGAUCGAGGAACCGACGAACACCGCUUCCGGCAGCAACGAGGACGAGGAUGAGACGCCCCUCGAUCCCGUCGUCGUCAUCUCCAAUGACAAGAGCACGGAAUUCUUUUUAGCCACGGUCGUCGAGGAAGCAGCCGCGGUGGCACAGGCUCAGCUGACUGGAACACCACAUGUACAACGGCAGGACUCCAGCGGGUACGACGUCGCAGCAAGUAGCACGAUGAUCCACGAGCCACUCGAGACAAAUUCAAGCCCGAGUCCGAAUCCGCGGAUUACGUCGGGCCCACCGUCCUCGUCGACCUCAUCGUCGCCUCCACCGACACGAGGUCCAACCAGCGUGUCUUCUUCAACGCAGACGAAGAGGAACGGUAACAAUGGCGGCGCGAAUAAGCAGGAGUUGAAGCGGCUGAAGAGCGCUGGCUCGCUCCUGCCGCUGCAGCUCGCGAGGACACCUAGCGUACUGUCGUCCUCCUGCAAAAAGGAUCGGAAAAACGCAUCGGCCGGGUCGAGGUUCACAAUAUACAAGGCCAAUAAGGCUAGUAAAAAGAAGAGAGAGAAAAGCUCAGCCAAGAAGGAGCGCAAGGCCACGAAAACUCUGGCGAUCGUGUUAGGUGUCUUUCUAAUAUGCUGGGUGCCCUUCUUCACUUGCAACAUCAUGGAUGCAAUCUGCACGAAACUGACGAAAGCUUGUCAGCCUGGUGUUCCAGCCUUCAUCAUUACUUCCUGGUUGGGCUACAUGAACAGCUUUGUGAAUCCCGUAAUAUACACUGUGUUCAACCCCGAAUUCCGUAAGGCCUUCCGCAAGCUGAUCAGUAUAUAA